UAUACGCAAUUCUAGUUUUGAGCAAGAAAUAUUUCCCAAACCCGAAAAAAAUAUUUUAUACGACUAUUGAGCAUUUUAAAAUAAACAAAACUAGUUUUGCGCAAUAUGAAAUGAACAGAACUAGUUUUGUAUAUUUCUGUGUUAUCAGCACUAGUUUUGCUUAUUUUGCAGUCUCCCAAACCCAGCUAAAAAGUAGGGUUAUGUUUAUGUUGUUGUUUUGACUUUAUUUCGUUUAUGCCCGUGAAAUUAUAAAAAUAUCACAAUUAUUUUAAGUACGAUAUUUAACCAUUUACCUCUAUAAAAAUGCAAGCUGAAUUCGAGUCACAAUUAGUUCGGUUAUUGGAGACUUCAGGUACUCAAAAACAUAAUCUUAUGGGGAAAGAUCAUUACCUCACUAUACUUAAUGAUCUAAAGGAGGCAAAUUUGUGCAAAGCCCAAUCAAAAACCCUAUCUGCUAAACAGUACAGAAGAAUAAAGUGUUUUGAUAUAACAAGUAUAAGUGCCGUGGAGAAGUUAAUUCAAAUACGCAAAGAAGAUUCUGAUGCCAUACUUUAUUUUGUUUCCACGGAUGAAGUGUUUCCUAUCGUUCACCAGGCACAUAUUUCUACGGGUCAUAAACGGCACAAAGGUAUAUCUCGGAACAAUACUAAUUAUUUACUAAAUCUAAUGUCAAUAUUGUACAAUGCAAGUACCGCCCCAUUGGCUAGACAAGCCGUUAAAAACAGCUACAUAUUACAAGAUCCUAUUGCCUGGUUUAGUUUACAAAUUAGUUUGGCAUUGGAAGAAGAGUUAAAGAAAAAAUACGCCAACAUUACUAGAGAAACUAUUAACAUAUACCUAAAACUGUGUGAAAUAUGUCAACUGAAAAAAACGGCACCUAGAAAGGGAAUCGUUGUUAAGCCUAUUUUAAGUAAACUAAUGAAUUCUCGGUGCCAAGUUGAUCUUAUUGAUAUGCAGACCGACCCAGAUGGAGACUACUCAUUCAUCUUGAACUAUCAAGACCAUUUGACUAAGUAUUGUGUUCUACGCCCAAUGAAAAGUAGAACUGCUGUAAAAACUGCCAGAAACCUAAUAGAAAUGUUUUGUUUAUUUGGAGCUCCGUCAAUACUCCAUUCUGAUAAUGGCCGUGAAUUUUCCAAUCAGGUCAUUAAUAAUUUAAAAUGCCAGUGGCCACAUUUGAAAAUCGUUCAUGGAAAACCGUGCCACUCACAGGGUCAAGGUUCUGUGGGACGGUGUAACAGAGAUGUUCGAGAUGCUCUUAUAUGUUAG